AUGCCGUCCAACUUGCGCCGGCUAGCUGCCGACCAUGCUGCCCUGCACCGCGAUCUUCCGCCGUACUACUUGCAGCCCGGGCACACCUUUUCACAGGGAUUAUGGGAGCUCCAUCUUAAGAUGCCCGAUGACUAUCCUAAGAGUCCCCCAAAGGCUACCUUUAAGACGAAGAUAUGGCAUCCAAACAUGGAGGAGCUCACCGGAGCCGUCUGUGUGGAUACGCUUAAACGGGAUUGGCAGCCCAAUUUAACACUCCGCGAUGUACUGGUGACAAUCUCAUGUCUACUUAUCUACCCCAACCCGGACUCUGCCCUCAACGCUUCUGCGGGCGCUCUUAUGCAAGAGAACUAUGACGCCUUCGCACACCAAGCCAAGCUCAUGACCUCAAUCCACGCCCCGAUCCCACCCAACUUCAAGGAUGCAGUAACCGAAGCAAAGCUCCGAGGUGAGGAGGCAGGGACAGCACGCGAGGAGAAAGAAAAGGACGCAGUCAUUCAACGCCCGCGGAGACAGGCCCGCGCCCACGCCGCUGCAAGCAAGAAAACUGCCCGCAAUACCACUGCAUCUGAAAGCACACCACAAUCCUCAUAUGCUUCCCAAUCCUCAUAUGCUUCCCAAUCCUCAUAUGCUUCCCAAUCCUCAUAUGCUUCCCAAUCCUCAUAUGCUUCCCAAUCCUCAUAUGCUUCCCAAUCCUCAUAUGCUUCCCAAUCCUCAAACCCUUUCGCCGAACCUCCCCCGUCCAUGACAGACGACGUCGACAGCGAAAGCGACGACCCCGCUAGCGCAAGCAAAGAAAACAACCCAACUCUUUCCCCCUCACCUGUCUACUUCGCGCCCCCGAGUCCUCGUAAGACUGCCUUGGGAAAACGCCCCCUCUCCGUCCUCUCAAUUCACUACCCGGAAGACUCCGAUGCAGACAUGAUGCUCAUCGAUUCUGACAACGACAACGACGCCCCCGCCAUGACCUCCAAUGAACGAAACAUCACUGCAAACACACGUUCCCGUACUUCAUCACCACUACGGAAAACACCCAAGCUCUCCCUACUCUGUGGAGGAGUCAAUGCCUCCGGCCGUCUCCGCGAUGAGAUGCCAAUAUUCGAAGACUUGCCCCAGCUGGCUAUGCAAGACCCCCUACGUCGGCUGAGCGGGGACGGUAAAGAGAACCGCGGAUCCGUAGCCGUACGUGGGUUGAAAGAGAAGCGUGAAUACCAACCCAUGAAAACGCUUAAUGGCUCUACUCCCGUUUCUCCAGCACAUGCUCAACUACCCACGCCGUCACUACCAUCGUCAUCUCUGUCAGGCUCUUCCAAUUCUGGAAUCCCCAAAAAGAAAGCCACAAGCGGCUUGCACAAACGCCUAGCUGUCAGAGCAAAGCCGCGUAUUGGAAUCCGCCGGCUAUGA